AUGGAAAAGAAGCACAAGGGCAUGAACGACGUCCUACCUCUUGACCUCAUUUGGCGAAUCUUUAUGAGGCUUCCCGCCAAAGAGCUGUUUCGCUUCAGAUGCGUCUCCAAACUUUGGCGCACUCUCAAAUCCGAUCGAGAUUUUGCAGAAUCUCAUCUUAACCAUUACUCUGUAGCACCCUCCCAUUCAUGCCUCUUCGUAAACUACUUCCUCUCUGUGGGUCACAUUGUUGACUUAGACACACUAGCAUUCAAAGAGCUAUCUCUCCCUUUCAGCAGGAAGAAGCGAUCCUUUGAUUUUAGAGUCAUGGGAUCUUGCCGAGGGCCAAGACGAAACCGCCUAACUUCCUCUGUAUAUACAGAGAAUCUCUUGUCAUUUCCUGAUGAUAUUAAGGAUAAGGAUAAGAAGAAGAAAACUGGCCAUCGAGUUCGCCAAGAAUGUUUUAAACAACUUGAUGUUGGCAAAGAUUAUAAUCGCAAUGGGGUCAAAUAA